CACUAGUCAUUUUUAUUACUGUCAUUAUUAUUAUACAAUAUAUUGUUAAAUCUCAUCAUCAUUCUUGUAUACGGAUGUCGAUUGUAAUUACCGGCAAAAUCGAUAACGAUUUAUUUUCAUGACUUGGAUUCCGUCUAUCGCGAUAAUAAUUUAUCCUUCAUAAAAAAUAGUUUCGAUGGCGAUCGGUGACAUCUAUGACAUCGCCGAAGGUUCUUUAUAUUUAAUAUUAAUAAAAUAUAUCAACGAUAGAUCAAUACUCACUCGUAAUUAAUUAUUAAUUAUAAAACUUCAAGGCGGGCAUGUUUAAAUUACAUUAAAAAAAAAUCAAUAGAUUAUUUUAAAACAAAUAUUUAUACUUCCGUAAAAUUAUGUAUCGGUACCAGGUACCAAGUACUAAUAUCGAUCGUCUAUAUAUUUGUUAAAAUUAAAUAGGUUAUUACUAUUAGAUAUUUAAAUUUAUGUGAACAAAGAAAAUGUCGAGUUGUUUAAAUAUAAAUAUCGAGAUAAUUGAUGAGCUGGCGAACGAAAUGAAUCACUUUGUGAGAAAUUGAAAAAAUAUGCCGGCUAUUGACAAUAAAUUAUUGCUUUAUGAUGAAGAUAAUAAUAACAGUACUAGUCGGUACAGUGAUAAUUUAAUUAAAUAUACACUUUCUAAGAUCGGGAUGAUAUCGGUAUUUUUAUCGGCUGACUCACUGAUUUUUAAUGAGUAAAUCGGCUAUGACCUUAUCUUAGAAAUAUUUUAAUACUAUAUUUAUUUUCUUAAAGAAUAUUUUUUUUUUUUUUUUUUUUUCAUACAAACAUAAAAAUGUUAAUUUUAUUUGAAUUUAUCGGGAGGAAAAAAAUUUAGCAAGAAGUUCAAGUUUUGUAAUACAGAUGGCGGGAGUAGUGAUUUAUUCUCGCAGGUGGAAAGGUACCGACGGAGUAUAAAUAGUUUGUUUACAUCGGGAGUGAUUUUGUAGCUCUUAAAUUAAACAAUAUUAAAAUUGGUAAUUGUAAUUAUUAAUUAAUAAUGACUGACGCGUUAAUUUCAAAAGAAUUUUUGCAUCUGACACAAAAAGGAGAGUUACAAAAAUUAAAAUACUUCGUUGAGGAGCACAAAAUUACUGAUUGGACGGUAUUCCGGCAUGAAGUUUCGGGAGAUACAGCUUUGCACGUAUCAGCGCGGGAAGGAAAUUCUGAAAUUGUUCAAUUCUUGUGCAAUGGCUUUUUGAAACCAGAAUUUAAGACUGAUGUCGCUAAUAAAGACAUGAAGCGGCCGUUGCAUGAAGCCGCGCAAUUUUCUAGACCAAAAAUUAUUGAAUUUUUACUUUCUCAAGGAGCGACGGUAGAUGCAUUGAAACGGGCUGAUUGGACACCGCUGAUGUUAGCUUGCACCAAAAAUACUCCAGAAGCUUUUAAUUCUGCGGAAAUUUUGUUAAAAAAUGGUGCAAAUUUGGAACUGCGGAACAAAGAUGGCUGGAAUUGCUUGCACAUAGCUUGUCGCUCGGGUAACAUCGAUAUUAUCCAGUUGAUAUUGUAUAAGAUGAAGACUUUGGUAAAUUCUGCUAGCAAAAAUGGACGGACUGCUUUGCACAUUGCUGCAUUUCACGGAUUUUCCAACGUUGUAGAAAUAUUAGCAGCAACUUCCGAAGAAUUGCUCAACAAACCAGACUAUUCUGGGCUUUUUCCACUCCAUGAAUCUGUAAAAAGUGAAAAUUUUGAAGUUUUCCAUCGUUUGCUUCAAUUAGGCUGCGAUAUUAACUCAAAAGACACAAUUGGCCAAACUGCGCUUCAUAUCGCAGCUUCUAUUGGAAAUCUACCCGUUAUCGAGCAUAUAUUGCAAAACAAUCUCAUAGACAUAGACCGACAAGAUGGCUUCCAAAGAACGCCACUAAUAACGGCCGAGCGCAACAAAAUGGAAGACGCUGUAAACUGUUUAAAAAAAUACAUGAAACAAUGUAAUGAUGAGAUGUGAUAAUA